AUGGCUGACGGCGGCGGGGUGCUCGCUGGUUGGGGGGACAAGAAACUACCAUGCACCUUCGAACUCGAGGUUCCAGGGCUGGGUUACCUGGAUGGCAAUGUUGGGGAGGACAUAAAACCAGGUACCCGAAUCGACCUCCCCCUCUGGCUCGGCGAGAUGCUUGCUGUUGGCGCCCGCACCGACUCCUCCCCCCUCGUCACCCUCGACCUGCCUAGCGCCCUCUCUGAAAAGGUCAUGAACGCGCUAAAAGCCGACCCGCGCACCGUGGACCUGCGCUCCCUGGCGCCGCACUUCUAUAGACUUGGCGUGCGCAUCCUGCAACUGUUUGAGGAGGAGGAGAUGGUUGAUGUUCUUAUGGAGACAUUCAAGAAACGCGCAAUGGAGAUUGCGGACCAUGCGCAUAACUCGCGCGGCGCGCUGGGCGAUGGGGUGGAGUUCUUACGUGGGCUGGAUGAGACGGAGAGGCAGUUAUUCCGAGCAGCCCAUAGCAGCGCAAAGGAGAUGCGCGCCUGGUCAGGGGAGACGAGGAAGAAAUAG